AUGUUUCAUAACAAUGUUGCAGACCAUAAGCUAAAGGUGGAAGCCAUAAUUAAAAAUAUUAAUACAAUUUCUUUGGAGUUAAAGAAGAUGAAAGAACUCUCCCAGUUACUACUUUGUGACCUCACUCUACAGUUUAAUCAUCCUGUGAAGACAGAGGACUCACAGGAAGCAGAAAGAAGCAAUCCUCUCUUUGAAGAAUCUGAAAUAACAGAUGCACCCCUUUCUUCUAACAGUUUUUCUGUCUGA